CGUCUUCUUCUUCUUCUUCUUCUUCGUGCAGCUGUUGGUGUCCGUCGACGUCCAGUCCCAACUCGGUUCGGUUUCUCUUCAUUGAUUCUUUUAUAAACACAUUUCCUGAAGAUGUCCGGAGAAGAUCUGCGGGCCGAGCUGGAGAAAUACCUUCACUCUUUAAACAUCCAGACCACCUGCGUGGAGCACCCGCCGGUGUUCACCGUGGAGGAGAUGAUGCCUCACCUGCAGGAGGUCACCGGAGCCGUCACCAAGAACCUCUUCCUGAAAGACAAGAAGAAGAAAAGCCUGUUUCUGGUGUCUGCUCGCCACGACCGCCAGGUGAACCUCAACGACCUCGCCAAGAAGCUCGGCGUCGGCAGCGGCAACCUGCGCUUCGCGGACGAGGCGGCCAUGUUGGAGAAACUCAAGGUGGGUCAGGGCUGUGCGACGGCGUUGGCGCUGCUCUUCGACACGGAGCGAAGCGUGCGGGCGGUUCUGGACCGGGACCUGCUGGAGGGCGACCACGAGCGCGUCUACUUCCACCCGAUGACCAACGCCGCCACGGUGGGACUCCGGCCAGACGACCUGCUGCGGUUCCUCCGGGAGACGGGACACGAGCCCAUCCUGCAGGACUUCCUGUAGGAGGAGAGAGCAGAUACACACACACACACACGCACACAUACACAUACAUAUACACACACACACACGCACAUACACACAGACAGACACACGUAUA